UCCAAGUGAAAAAGGGGAUUGCGGGUAGGAAUGCAAUCCACUUCGGCACUAGGAAUGUGGAUUGGGAAUGCAAUCCUUUCAAAAAGGAUUUUACCGAUGCCUGGGAUAUUGAUAUUGUAUUAGCUGCAUAAAUAGUCAACACCGAGCUGAGCAUCACGUCAAGAUACUAGAAGAGUGGACACCAUGGAGUCAAAGCCAGUUGCUUUUCAAUUCACAAAAGCUGUUAAGAAACCAUCUGUGAUACAAACUUCUCUUAACUCUACUGAGAAGAGUGAAGAAGUGGACUUUGUUAAAUCAGUUGAUGACAAAGGCAUUGAAAGCACAAAGAAAAGGAAGGAAUAUGUUCCACUGGUUAUCCCACUGAAGAAACCAAAGCUGAAAAUUCAAAAGGCUGUUGAAAACCAACCAUCCACAGUGACUGAUACCAAAGAGCAUGAUUCUGCAGUGGGAGAGGGGAAUUUGGAUUCUUUGGCUGCUGCAGAAAUUCUACAGGAGGCAGCAGAAGGAGCUGAUGGGAAGGGAAAAGGAAAGGAAGUGGCUGACAUUGAAGUGGCUUCCAGCAGCAUUGUACAGGGUGCCACCAUUGGAGAAGUGCCUACACUGGACGACUAUGACAGUGUACCGGUGGAGGAGUUCGGAAAGGCGCUGCUGCGCGGAAUGGGCUGGAAGGAUGGCGACGGAACCGGCAAGAAGGGAGAGAAGGUGGGUCAGUUCGAGGCAGUGGUGCGCCCCAAGGGUCUCGGUCUGGGCGCGUCCGUAGCGACCGCUCAGCAGACCCCGGCGGCGGCCGGUGCCGACGGAGAUCAGGAGGAGCUGACCAUGGCACCCGGCGCGUUCGUCGUGGUCACCAUCGGAAAGGAGAAGGGCAACUAUGGUCAGGUAUCUAGCCUGGACGGCGACGGCCGGGCGCUGGUCAAAAUGGCCGUCUCUGGCAACACCAGCAGCCUGCCCGAGGGCGCGCUCCGGCUGGUCACCAAGAAGGACUACAAGCGCAACAGCCGCGUCAUCAACCAGGAGAAGUACACCGAGUACAAGGAGCGGCAGGAGAAGGAGCACGAGUCGGCGCGUGGUCGGGACCGUUCGGAAAAGUCCUCCUCACGGGCAGACGAAGCCGCCGAGCGGGACUCGGGGCGGUCUAAGAAUGGAGAGAAGCACCGUCAUCGGGACAAGACGGCCGGUGGUGAUAAGAAGGAGAGGUCAUCUGAGAGGGCAGCUGAUUCACCUGGAAGCCGGGAGACCCGCCGGCCCUGGGUCAGACCCCAGCUGCGAGUCCGCUGCAUCGACCAAAAGUACAAAAAGGGCCGUUACUACAAACAGAAGCUGACUGUCGUCGAUGUCAUCACGGGCCGACCUGUGUAUCUGUAAGGACGCCGACGGUCGGCUCCUGGAGGACGUGGCUACCGCCCGGCUGGAGACGGUCAUACCGCGCCGAGCGCCCGGGGCAGUGAUGGUGGUCCGGGGACCCCAUACCGGUCAGGUAGGAGAGCUGGUGGACCGAGACUCGAAGCGGUGUCGCGCCACCCUGCAGCUGUUGCCCGACCAGCAGCUGGCGACGCUAGACUAUGACGACAUCUGUGAGUACACCGGCAGCUUGGAGGCCUACAGCUGAGACAGAAUCGUACGCUAAUAGUAUAGGAGCUGUGUGGGGUCUUCAGUUGAGAAUGGCAAACCAGAGUACUCGGGUAUACCAGAGGCUAUACCAGAGGCAUCGCUGGUAUACCAGCGAUAUGGAGGUUUUUAGUUCAGAACGGUAGAUCUCAGCACACCAGGCCCUCGGCUGAGGUCGGCCGGCCUCGCUGCAAGUAACCAGGCCCUCACGCGGCGUGAGUCCUGCCAUCCGACCUACCAAGGCGCCAAGGCGUGGAAUCGAGGACAUGUACUGUCACAAGAUGGCACGUGUUACCAUCGUGGCUACCGUCGACGGAUUCGGUGCUGAAGAUGGUACGAUGUGGUGCUAGAUGGCUGAAGGGAGCCGUUUUGUAAUGUUUACUUAGUGCUGAUUUUUUUAUACCGUGGCAUGUCAAAUAUGGAGGUUGUGCACACAUCAUAUGAGCUCAUUGUUAUCAUCUCAUCUGUGGUUUUGUGUCGAUUCCUUACAAACAUACAUAAGAUAACGCGCUGUUGAUACCUAUGAUCAUCCAAUGUUCAUGUACUCAUCAUGUGACAUAAAUGUUCAUUUUUCCACGGUUAUAUCGCC